AUGUUCCGACGCAAACUGACGGCCCUGGACUACCACAACCCGGCCAGCUUCAACUGCAGAGAUGAAACAGAAUUCAGAAACUUUAUUGUUUGGCUUGAAGACCAGAAAAUCAGACACUACAAGAUUGAAGACAGAGGUAAUUUAAGAAACAUCCACAGCAGUGACUGGCCCAAGUUCUUUGAAAAGUAUCUCAGAGAUGUUAACUGUCCUUUCAAGAUUCAAGAUCAACAGGAAGCAAUCGACUGGCUUCUUGGUUUAGCUGUUAGACUUGAGCAUGGAGAUAAUGCUGAAAAAUACAAGGACUUGGCACCUGAUAAUACAAAAAACGCUGACAACGCAGCUAAAAAUGCAGAGCCAUUGAUCAAUUUGGAUGUAAAUAAUCCUGAUUUUAAGCCUGGUGUAAUGGCUUUGGCAAACCUUCUUCAGAUUCGGCAUCAUGAUGAUUACCUGGUAAUGCUUAAGGCAAUUUGCAUUUUGGUCCAGGAGCGCCUGACACAGGAUGCAGUUGCUAAAGCAAAUCAAAUGAAAGAGGGCUUGCCUGUUGCUUUUGACAAGCAUAUUCUUGAUUUUGACACAGAAGAUGCAGUUCUUAAUGAAGCUGCUCAAAUCCUGCAGCUGCUGCAUAUAGAAGAGCUCAGAGAGCUACAGACAAAAAUUAAUGAAGCCAUAGUAGCUGUUCAGGCAAUUAUUGCAGAUCCAAAGACAGACCAGAGAUUGGGUAAAGUUGGAAGAUGA